GUAUUAACAACAAAAACUUCUCUUAGCUUCUGCCAGAGCCGUUUGUUCCACCCUAUCUUGUACAAAAUAUUUUCACAGAAUUCUUGAAGGAAAUUUAUAGUAGUCAUCAAUCUGUUCAUCUGAAAGUGAAGAAGAUCUGUUAUAAAGAAAAAAGUACUCUAGUCCUUGCUGCUGCUUUUUUGUUUUCGCGAAAAACUGUAACUAAUGGAAAGCAUCAAUAUUCAGGAGGAAGGUCUCAAUCUUAAGGCUACUGAACUUAGGUUGGGUUUGCCAGGGAGGGAUGAAACUGAAAAGGAAACAAUCUUUAGCUUUAAAAACAACAAACGAGCAGCGCCAAAGUCUACAGAAGACAACGAAUCAGAGGCUAAUUCUGAUGCCAAACACGGUGAUCAUGAGGCUGCACCUGCUGCUAAAGCGCAGAUAGUUGGAUGGCCGCCAAUCAGAUCCUAUAGGAAAAAUAACUUUCCACCAAAAAAGGCUGAGGCAGAGUUUGGUAUUUAUGUGAAAGUAAGCAUGGAUGGAGCACCUUACCUGAGAAAGAUAGAUUUGAAGGUUUAUAAUGGAUAUGCCGAUCUCUUAAGGGCUUUGGAGAGCAUGUUCAAACUCUCCAUAGGUUACUACUCUGAGAGGGAAGGUUACAAAGGAUCAGAAUAUGCACCUACUUAUGAAGACAAAGAUGGCGACUGGAUGCUGGUUGGAGAUGUUCCAUGGGAUAUGUUUAUGUCAUCUUGCAAAAGACUCAGAAUCAUGAAAGGAUCAGAAGCUAGAGGAUUGGGUUGUGGUGUCUGAAAACCUGAAACCAUAGCAAACUAAUGGACAAGUGGAGGAGAUCUCUCUUAAAAAGAGUCAAUCUUAAGGCUUGGGUUUUCGAAGAACUUUGAUUUACACUGCCCGACUCUGAACUAGCCAUAUAUCUAGGCAUCGAUUGGGAAAGUGGGAAGUGAAAGCUUAAUGUAACAGUUAAAGUUACUAAUAUAUGUGGCAGCCUGGCAGGAAGAUCACUACUGGUUUUGAGGUUUUACAAUGUUCUUGUUUAUAAUAAUAUGAUCUAGCCACAUAAUGGAUUUCACAUCCAAUGUACGCCAAGUGUUCUAGACUUCAAAUCGUAGUAAUUAGAAUUUCCUUUCAGAAUUCUUCUUCUACCUUGCUGUAAUUUGUUUCAUAAGCUCUGUGUCACUAAAUGAUUUCAUAAGCCCUGUAA